AUGUCUAACAACACUCUUGCCGACGUCUACCUCGCCUGCAAGCAGUCGCCUACCUGCAACGAGCGGUUUCUUCUCGUCUGCUUCUGGCAACUCGUUACCGGUUUCAGCCUCGCUUAUGCCGUGAUCCAAGUCUUCUUCCUCAACAAACUGCGCUCGAAGAUGAUGCAAAAGAUGUUCAAGAGUGAGAGCAAGUUGACAGAGCUCAUCGCCAAGUUCAAGCAUGUCACCAUUCACGCUGAGCGCCUUCUCGCCGACGCCGACGCCUUCACCGUCCCCCUUCACAACGGAGAGAUCCCCGUCAACCUCGCCCAUCUCAAAAGGUUGAUACCCAACAUUGACGCCGUCGCUCGCAAGGACAACAACGAUAUCACCGCCACUCCCUUCAGGACACUCUCCUCCACCCCUAAGAACUUCAUGCAGCAUGCUGAGGAGUGCAUCGCCAUCAUCGCCUAUGCCCGCAAAGCCCUCCACGAGCUCACCGAGCAUGGUUUUGAUGACGCCGUUUCCCAGAUCGUCGCUUCCGACGCCAGCUGUGCCGACCGCGAGGGUAUGUUUGCCAAACUGGCUAAGCUUGAGGCCGAGUCUGAGCUUGAGGACGAAGGCGACGAGGAUGACGAUGACCACACAGGUGAUGAGGACGAGGAGUAA